UCUAUAGGUCACAAUAUACUUUUUCUUAGUAUGAGUUUCGUUCGCGUUCUUCUUAACCGCUAAAUCCGGAAACGAAUCUCCACCGUUUUUUGAGUGUGUAAGGCGGUCCUUGCACUAUAAGUAUUAUAUAAAGUUCCUCGACCCCCUUAAUUUUGCGUCAGUUAUCGAAUUAUUUGCACAUCUUAAGUAUACUAUAGUUAAAUGCUGCGAGGGUUUGGAGGUGUAUAUAUAGACAUAUUUAAUGAAUGAAUGACAAUUGCGUUUUUAAUGCAUACCUGUCAAGAGCUUUAAGUGGAUAGUAGCUAUUUUCGUCUUAUGUACAAGAGAGUGUAAUAGUGAGCGACCCCAAGCGGAAUUUCCCCUACAACACAGGAAGUGUUUCCACUCAGCAGACGAUUGACGAAUUGACGAGAUGCAGACGACAGUAUUGUGCGAUAAGAGUGACGGUCGAGUCACGUGCUUCAGGAAACUCCACAUCAAAGAGUGUGGACUGGCCCACAGGAAUCCCAAACGUUUUGUCGCCCUAGAAUUUGGUCGCCCCAUUCUAUACCUACCAUGGGCCAUCUUUUGGGCGCUCUAUCAUUGUGUGUGGAUCGCGCUGGAGGCUUACUGGUGGUCCUUGAAGACCCACCGAGCACCACUGGAGUGGCUACUAAAACUGACCAACGUUGGAUACAUCCUUUUGACAGCGGUGGCAGUUACGGAAUGCAUAAAUGCUGUUUAUACCUACUGUUUUCAUACUUCGAAAGAACUAGAAACGAAGACAGGCAUGCCCUGGUAUUAUAAACUGUCAUGGGUUCUACACAAUAUGUCGCACACCACGGCAUUGUUAAUCGCAUUGUCAUAUUGGACCAUCCUCGCAGGACAUUAUACAAUCAAAAUAUGGACCAUCAAUAAACAUGGGGUGAAUCUACUGUAUACUCUUCUAGUCGUGAUCUUGACCACAAAACCAAUCAAAUUUCAACACGUGUACAUUCCAAUGGCAUUCAGUUUUGUCUACGUCUUAUUUACAUGGAUAUAUUUUCUUGCCACAGACGAACUUAUAUAUUCGUUUCUAAAUUGGAAUAAGCCAGGGAAAUCCAUUCUCCUCACCUUUCUCUUUGUAUUCGUCUGUACGCCUUUGGCCCAUUUCUUCUUCUUUGGACUCUAUAAACUAAAACAAUACAUAAAGCAAUCUUGUUCAUCGAAGAGAGAUUUGGAAUCUACAGAAAACAGAGACAAGGAAUCAAAGGAAGAAAUGUUAAAUCACGAGAAAACCAAUUUGAAAGAAACGCCCUGAUUGUAAUGGAGAGAUAUCAUCACAGUGGCGGAACUACCGUGAUCACUUGAAUCUAAGAAAACACAACAGUUUAUUGAUUACGGGCAGAUCGAGUCGAUGAAAAUUGCAAAUUUUCUAAAAGUAGACCACUUUCCAUGUAACUUUGUUACUUAGAUCUAAAGUGAGGAUACACAACAAUACACAAGAAUUUCUUUGUUUUUCAAGAUUUUUUGACUUGUCUUUAUAAUUCUAUUUUAUGACUUUUAUGACAAGUUAUCCGGCGCAUGUGCAUGCAUGUAGACGGCGUAAUCAUUUAUGUUACAAAAUCAGUUUCUUUAUUCUGUGAAUAUUGUAUCAUUUACCGUACAAAAGUCUAGUACAUACCUGUACAUGUCUAUGGUUUGAACGCAUAUGUGUAUAUAUAUAUAUAUAUAUAUAUAUAUAUAUAUAUAUAUAUAUAUAUAUAUAUAUAUAUAUAUAUAUAUAUACACUAUGCGGCGGUAGACAUAUAAAUGUAAAUGUUGAACGUUGUAUGUGUAAUACUAGGUUGUGAUCAGUAUUUCAAUGCAUAUAUCGAUUGCUUUCAGACAAUUUAGUUGUCUAAUUGCAUGUUGUAUAUUUAAUAUGUGCAAUAGCUUUGAAAAGCGCCUCUGCAAUAUUGAUAAACACCUUCUAUUGAUAUUUAUUUUAUUUAUUUUUAUAUACAAAGUUUUCACGACAUAACAAUUAAUGAUGUCUUAUAUUUAUUGACAAUUGUAAGAGAAUUACUUUGUAUGAAGAUGUACUUGUACUAGUAUGUUAAAUUGUACGAUGGAUAUAAAUUUAUAUGUACAUGAAUUGUUGAUUCAACACAUAUGAAUAGAAUAAUUGAGAGAAAUAAAUCAAAAUUACCGAAUGAAUUUCA